UUUUUUUAAACUGAAAGAGGAUGCACAGGGGGAAAAAUUGAAAAAAAAUUUAUGUUGGCUUUUGUUUACCUGGCGUGUGUGUGGCAACCAGUUCGCUCCCUCUCUGCUUGCUAUCCCUGACCUUUCUUUCUUUUUGCUCCUUUUCAAAAAAAAUAUUAAUUUCCCCCUUCUGUGCAAUGGAGCGUGGGGGGGUGGAGGGGGAAGGGUUUGAGAAUCCACCCAAGCCCGGCCCCUAUUCCCCAGAACACCAAUAAUAACCCCCUUUAAAACAUUUACCUUCCUCCCCUGCUCCUCCUCCUCCCCUCCCCCACCCGCCCCCAACUCACAACUCUGUUGAGUCCAGAAUCUCAGAAUCGAGCGUUGGGCUUGGCCGGGUGCUUCAGAUCAAUGGAUGAGUUCCACCCGUUCAUCGAGGCGCUGCUGCCUCACGUCCGCGCCUUCUCCUACACCUGGUUCAACCUGCAGGCGCGAAAGCGCAAGUACUUCAAGAAGCACGAGAAACGGAUGUCGAAAGACGAGGAGCGGGCGGUGAAGGACGAGCUGCUGGGCGAGAAGCCUGAGAUCAAGCAGAAGUGGGCAUCCCGGCUGCUGGCCAAGCUGCGCAAGGACAUCCGGCCCGAGUUCCGAGAGGACUUUGUGCUGACCAUCACGGGCAAGAAGCCCCCCUGCUGCGUGCUCUCCAACCCCGACCAGAAAGGCAAGAUCCGGCGGAUUGACUGCCUGCGCCAGGCCGACAAGGUGUGGCGGCUGGACCUGGUCAUGGUGAUUUUGUUUAAGGGGAUCCCCCUGGAAAGUACUGAUGGGGAGCGGCUCUACAAGUCGCCCCAGUGCUCGAACCCCGGCCUGUGCGUCCAGCCACAUCACAUUGGAGUCACAAUCAAAGAACUGGAUCUUUAUCUGGCUUACUUUGUCCACACUCCGGAAUCCGGACAAUCAGAUAGUUCAAACCAGCAAGGAGAUGCGGACAUCAAACCACUGCCCAAUGGGCACCUCAGUUUCCAGGACUGUUUUGUGACUUCCGGGGUCUGGAACGUGACGGAGCUGGUGAGAGUAUCACAAACCCCUGUUGCGACAGCAUCAGGGCCCAACUUCUCACUGGCGGACCUGGAGAGUCCCAGCUACUACAACAUAAACCAGGUGACCCUGGGGCGGCGGUCCAUCACCUCCCCUCCUUCCACCAGCACCACCAAGCGCCCCAAGUCCAUCGAUGACAGUGAGAUGGAGAGCCCUGUCGAUGACGUGUUCUAUCCUGGGACAGGCCGCUCUCCAGCGGCUGGCAGCAGCCAGUCCAGCGGGUGGCCUAAUGACGUGGACGCAGGCCCGGCUUCUCUAAAGAAGUCAGGAAAGCUGGACUUCUGCAGUGCCCUCUCCUCUCAGGGCAGCUCCCCGCGCAUGGCUUUCACUCACCACCCGCUGCCUGUGCUUGCUGGAGUCAGACCAGGGAGCCCGCGGGCCACGGCCUCUGCCCUGCACUUCCCCUCCACGUCCAUCAUCCAGCAGUCGAGCCCAUACUUUACGCACCCAACCAUCCGCUACCACCACCACCACGGGCAGGACUCGCUGAAGGAGUUUGUGCAGUUUGUGUGCUCUGACGGCUCAGGCCAGGCCACUGGACAGCCCAACGGUAGCGGCCAGGGCAAAGUCCCGGGGUCAUUUUUGCUACCACCGCCGCCUCCAGUGGCCAGACCUGUGCCCCUUCCUAUGCCUGAUUCCAAAUCCACCAGCACUGCCCCAGACGGCGCCGCCUUGACUCCUCCAUCACCUUCAUUCUCAACGACAGGCGCCUCCUCUGCCAACCGGUUUGUCAGCAUCGGACCCCGGGACGGCAACUUUCUGAACAUCCCACAGCAGUCUCAGUCCUGGUUCCUCUGAUAAGAUCAACAAAGAAACAACAAAAUGAAAAAAAAAAAAAAAAGAGGUUCCUCAAGGGGG